CUCUCCCUCCGCUUGUCUGGCAUCACUAGUGCAGCAUAAACUAUCUUUCCCAAUUUCCCCCAAUCAGAAAAUAAGAUCGGAGGCACGAAAUUUUUUUUCCAAAAGUUCUCCAGAAAUUCCGUAAUUCGACAUGAAUAUCUCCCUUGUCCUUGAGCGGACUUUUGGACCCGACCCGUUCGUUAUAGUCGAACCCUAGAGAAAGAUCGAGACGCUCUCGAUUUCCAAUUCGUGCCUCUCACUCACUCUCUCUCUCUCUCUCUCUCUCGCUCAUUUCAUGGUCAACACUAGAUCCUUCCUUUGAUGCUUCCGCCGUCCCUUUCGUGAGCUAAAAGCUCGGAACUUUGAUGUGGGUCUGCUGCAGAUCUGGGUAAACAGAGGGUUUUCCCGCAUAGAUCCGUCACUCGCUUGUGUUGCUUGGGCGGAAAGGCUUUGUUUUGGGACCUGGGUUUGUGUCGAUUGGAUCCUGUUGUCUCGUUUCUUUAACACCCGAGUGAUGUCGUUGUUGACCAAGAGCGAGUCGAUUCAAAUUCGCGACGUGUGGGAUGAUAAUCUCGAGGAGGAGUUUGCACGAAUCCGCGAGAUCGUCGAUGGUUAUCCGUACGUGGCGAUGGAUACGGAGUUUCCGGGUAUUGUCGUGCGCCCUGUGGGCGACUUCAAGAACUCAAGUGAGUACCACUACCAGACUUUGAAGGGGAAUGUGGAUAUAUUGAAGUUGAUCCAAUUGGGCCUCACUUUUUCUGAUGAGAGAGGGAACUUGCCGACUUGCGGAUCAGAUAAGUACUGCAUUUGGCAGUUCAAUUUCCGCGAGUUCGACGCCAAUGAGGACUUCUUCGCGAAUGAUUCAAUCGAGCUUUUGAAACAGAGCGGGAUCAAUUUCAAGAAGAAUAGCGAGAGGGGCAUCGAUGCCAUGCGAUUUGGGGAGUUGCUGAUGUCCUCCGGGAUUGUGCUGAACGAUAAUGUUCAUUGGGUAACCUUCCACAGCGGGUAUGAUUUUGGGUAUUUGCUCAAGCUGUUGACUUGCCAAAACCUGCCGGACACUCAGGCGGGGUUCUUCAAUCUGAUCAACAUGUAUUUCCCAACAUUGUAUGAUAUCAAGCACCUCAUGAAGUUCUGCAACAGUCUGCAUGGAGGUCUCAACAAGCUCGCAGAGUUGUUGGAAGUCGAGAGAGUCGGGAUCUGUCACCAGGCAGGUUCGGAUAGUCUGCUGACCUCUUGUGCUUUCAGGAAAUUGAAAGAAAACUUCUUCAGUGGAUCGCUGGAGAAGUAUUCUGGUGUGUUGUAUGGUUUAUGUGUCGAGAAUUGAUAGUGUUCUCAAGGUGAAUGUAGGGAAUGAACUUGAAAUCUGAAAAACGUGUACCAGGAAAAAAAAAGGUGAAAAAUGAAUGAAAAGUUUUUAUAGAA